AUGGAUUUGAAGUUCUUGAAAUGGCAUCUGAUCCGUGGGCCUCUGAUGAGGCGUGUUGUGCUGCGGGCUUUUAUGCUUGUGCUUGCCGUGAUAUUGGUUUCAUUGAUGCAUAUGGCCCGUGAGGUCCGGGUAAUCGAGCCGACACUGUCCAACGUUGCCCAUAAAUGCCCUCUCAAUUUCGACCCGAAUUCGAACCCGGAGUUAAACCUCACUGGCCAGGUAAAACCCGCCUCGAGUUUCGUGCUCCCCCUGUUCGCACCUUCUCCUUUGUCAUGUCAAGAAAGUCAAAGGUUGAGCAGAGUCGUCUUCAAAGAGUUGAUGGAGAAGAACUUGUUACAGUCGAAUGCGAGAGCAUUGUGCGUUGGCGAGAGACCGACCUCCGCCUUGCUGGCAUUGCGCCAUUUGGGAUUUUUCAAUGCGUAUGGUGUUGAAAGGCACCCGUUUUUCUCCCUAUUAAAGAGGAGAUUCGUGUACGAGAUCGAUUUCGCGGACAACCAAUUUGAUUUCGUGUACACGCAAGAUCUCGACCAGCUCUCGGUACCCGCUCUCUUGGUGCUCGAAAUCGAGCGCGUUUUGCGCCCUGGUGGCACGGGUGCUAUCCUCGUGGGGGCUCGUGAGUUCUACUCAGGUGGGCUCAUGAGAUCAGCCACCUCAAUUGCUUCCUUUUUGAAGAACUCGGAUAUUGUCCAUGCCUGCCCCGUCAAAUCCUUCACGCUUGUGAUUUUCAAGAAGAGACUCGAGGGAUUUGCUUCCUUUGACCAUUUCAAACUUCCAUCUCACUGCCCUUCGGUCACAAACAGCAAGCCCUUCAUGAAAUACAUCGAGCCUCUUCUGGCCCGGGCCCCGCCCAAACCCUCGUACCUGCCUAGAUUCAUGAACAUUUCCUCGAGUAACAAAUUGGUCUACAUAAAUGUUGGCAUGGGCGAGCAUGCAAAGACGAGCAUAGCUAAAAUGUCAAAGAUCUAUUGUGCUGACCACCACUCGGCUUUUGAGGUGUUCAUUAUUGACCACAAAACCUCUGUCCUCUCGACUUAUGUGACAGACCCUGGCAUCAACUUCGUGUACCACCCGGCCCUGACUGGGGACACUUUUGCCCCUGAUAUCAGUUCGGAUGAGUUCCUGAGUGCCCCAGCUGAUGAGGAUGGUUUCGACUUUGUUCGCUGGUUCAAGGAGACUGUAUCUGAUGGUGAUUUUGUUGUCCUCAUGAUGAGGGCAAAGCCUAUGGAGCUGAAAAUUCUGGUUGAGCUGUUUGAGACGGGUUUAAUUUGCAGCGUGGACGAACUCUUCCUUCAAUGCCUGGAUUGCAAGGAUCUUUUGGCGAGUUUAAGGAAGAGUGGGGUUUAUGCCCACCAGUGGUUGGGUGAUUGA